CGCGCCACUCUUCCAUCUUCCUCUACACCUCCACUACUCCAAUCCCACCAUGAGCCAGCUACGAGAGAGAAAGCCCAAUGGGCAAUUGGCAUCGCCCGCCGCGACUCCCAAGGAGAAGCGUGCCCACCCCAUGGAAUUCGGCGGCCCACUUGGAGCUGCUGGUGUAUCCUUUGGCCUCCCUAUCCUGUGCUACAUCUUCGCCUUUGUCUGCAAUGACGUGUCCGGCUGUCCUGCGCCAUCUCUCCUACACCCCUCAACCCUUUCGCUUGAUCAAUUGAAGAAGGAGGUUGGAUGGCAAGGCUUCUCCAGCUUGCUCAAUGUGCAGACUGUGGGCUGGACUCUGGCAUACUAUCUGUUCAGCCUUGUACUGAACGCAGUCCUGCCCGCGCAGGAGAUUCACGGUGUGCAGUUACGCUCUGGUGGGAAGCUCAAAUAUAGGUUCAAUGCAUUCUCAUCGGCCAUGGUAACAAUGGCAAUUGCUGCCGUGGGGACACUCAUCUAUGGCGCUGAAUUCCCCCUGUGGUCCUUCAUCUGGACAAACUACAUCCCAAUUCUCACGACGAAUAUCCUCAUCUCCUACAUACUGGCAACCUUUGUUUAUGUUCGAAGCUUCUCCGUCAAGCGAGGCAAUUCCGAGAAUCGUGAGCUCGCGGUUGGUGGCCAUAGUGGGAACAUGCUUUACGACUGGUUCAUUGGACGAGAACUCAACCCCCGGAUCACUCUACCUCUUCUCGGCGAGAUUGACAUCAAGUCUUGGAUGGAACUGCGGCCAGGAAUGCUUGCCUGGAUCUUGUUUGACCUCGCGUUCAUCGCGCGUCAGUAUGCAAACUUUGGCAAGAUUACCGUCAGUAUCCUCAUCGUCACGUUUGCCCAGGCGUUCUAUGUGUUCGAUGCACUUUACAUGGAACCGGCAAUACUUACUACAAUGGACAUUACGACGGACGGCUUUGGUAUUAUGCUUGCCUUUGGCGAUCUUGUGUGGGUCCCAUUCACGUACUCGCUCCAGGCGCGAUACCUCGCCAUUCACCCCAAGGAGCUGUCUUACAUGGAAAUCGCUGCCAUCCUCGCCGUGCAGGGUGCAGGCUAUUACAUCUUCCGUGGUGCAAACAACGAGAAGAACCGUUUCCGCAGCAACCCUGAGGAUCCCAAGGUCAAACAUCUGAAAUACAUGGAGACGAGUGCCGGCAGCAAGCUGCUUAUUUCUGGAUGGUGGGGAACAGCAAGGCACAUCAACUACCUGGGCGACUGGUUCAUGUCUUGGGCCUAUGUCCUCCCUACCGGCAUCGCCGGCUAUGUUAUAUUGCACUCCUCACCUGCUCCUGAUUCUGAUGGCAAAUCGCCUGCAGACGGUAGCUUCAUUGGCGGACAGCCAGUGAAGACAGAGAUUGUCCCCGGUGAAGCAAAAGGAUGGGGCAUGCUUGUUACCUACUUCUUUAUGAUUUACUUUGCCAUCCUUUUGAUCCAUCGCGAGAUGAGGGACGAGGAAAAGUGCAAAGCCAAGUAUGGGAAAGACUGGGACGAGUACUGCAAAAAGGUCCCUUAUAGGAUUGUUCCUGGCCUCUAUUAGGGGAGAAACCACGCAAAUGUUUGUCGCUUUCAUUAUAGUAUUAACCAAAAGGCGAGUCCAUAAAUUUCAUAAUGGAGUCUAGGU